AGAUUAAAGAGGAAGAAGAAGAAGAAGAGAGGUUGGUGAGUGGAGAUCAGCAGUCUAUGGAGGAGGGGGAGAUGAUUAUGAAAAGUAAACAGGAGGAAUCUUCUCUGUAUAUAAACACAAGUGGACACUAUGUGCGGAACACCUCUGAGGAAUCUUCUGACGGAUCACACAUGAAGACUCUCGGACCUCCCAGUACAGUUCCUAUAAUAGAUCCAUCUAUUCCCAAUGGAUCUUCUAUAAGCUAUAAAGAAAAGCGUUCAUUGUCAUGUUCAGUGUGUGGGAAAUCUUUUAAAAAAAACUCAUUACUACUUAUCCAUGAGAGAACCCACACGGGUGAGCGUCCCUAUUCAUGUUCAGAGUGCGGGAAAUGUUUCAGUACGAAAGGCCAAGUUGAUACACACCAGAGAUAUCACACAGGUGAGCGUCCUUAUUCAUGUUCAGACUGCGGGAAAUGUUUUGUCAUAAAAAGUCACCUUAUUACACACCAGAGAACUCACACGGGAGAACGUCCUUAUUCAUGUUCCGAGUGCGGGAAGUGUUUUGUUACGAAUGGACAACUUGUUGUACACCAGAGGAGUCACACGGGUGAGCGUCCUUACUCGUGUUCCGAGUGCGGGAAAUGCUUCAUUCACAAAGGAGAACUUAGUAAACAUCAUAGAAGUCACACGGGUGAACGUCCCUUUCCGUGUUCAGAGUGCGGGAAAUGUUUCAGUGAUCAAGGAAGCCUUCUUAUACACCAGAGAACUCACACUGGCGAGCGUCCCUAUUCAUGUUCGGAGUGCGGGAAAUGUUUCACUAUGAAAGAAAGCCUUGUAUCACACUUUAGAAUCCACACAGGUGAGCGUCCCUAUUCAUGUUCAGAGUGUGGGAAACGUUUCAUUACGAAAGGACACCUUGUUUUACAUGAAAGAAUUCACACAGGUGAGCGUCCUUUUUCAUGUUUAGAGUGCGGGAAGUGUUUCAGUGACAAAGGAUACCUUCGUAAGCAUCAGCGUAUUCACACGGGCGAGCGUUCUUAUUCAUGUUCAGAGUGCGGGAAAUAUUUCAGCCACAAAGUCAGCCUUCUUUUACAUCAGAAAAUUCACACAGGAGAGCGUCCCUUUUCAUGCUCACUGUGCGGGAAAAGUUUCAUUACCAAGCAGAACCUUGUCUCGCACCAAAAAAUUCACGCAGGUGAGCGUCCCUAUUCAUGUUCAGAGUGCGGGAAAAGCUUCAUUACGAAAGGACAGCUUGUUACACACCAAAAGAUUCACACAGGUGAGCAUCCUUUUUCGUGUUUAGAGUGCGGGAAAUCUUUCAAUCACAAAGGAAACCUUCAUAAACAUCAGAAAAUUCACACAGGAGAGCGUCCCUUUCCAUGUUCAGAUUGCGGGAAAAGUUUUAUUCAGAAACAGGAUCUUCUGAAACACCAGAAAGUUCACACGGGUGAGCGUCCCUAUUUAUGCUCCGAGUGCGGGAAGGGUUUUAUCACCAGGGAAAACCUUGUCGCCCACCAACGAAUUCACUCAGGUGAGCGCCCCUUUUCGUGUUCAGAGUGCGGGAAAUCUUUCAUUAGACAAGGACACCUUGUUUCGCACCAGAAAAUCCACACAGGAGAGCGUCCUCAUUCAUGUUUAGAGUGCGGGAAAUGUUUUAUUAGGAAAGAGGACCUUCUAAAACAUCAGAGAAUUCACACGGGGGAAUAACUCUUUCCAGGUUGGGAGUGCGGGAAAUGUUUUAGUCAGAAAGGCGACCUUCUAAAACACCAGAGAAUUCGCAACGUUAAGCGUCCCUAUUAAUGCGAGGGAAAUGUUUUACUGACAAAAAAAAAGUACAAAAGAGAUUUUAGUAUUUGGUGCAGCCGGAGAACUGAGUCACCUGACCGUCUCUUCUACAUACCUGGGAUGUUUCAUGAGAUCUCUGAAUGGAAUUCCCACGUCUACACACUCCGUCCAUUGUGAAGGGUUCCCACCUUCCCUGUGCUGAGUUCCCGGGUCUGUACACCUGCUGUGCCCAUUAUGAGGGGUUCUCACCAUCCCUGUGCCAUGU